AGCAGCAGCAACGGAGUGGUGCUCUGCUUCUCCAGCUCUGACUGGCAGGCGAGCCUCAAGUUCAGUGAACAUCUACAAAAGCUAGAGAACUUUUCAUCUUCCUCUGCAGAUGAAAUCUGCCUAACUGCACCAGGAAGAUGGGCACAGGGGAUUAUAUCUGCAUUUCCAUGAGUGGAGGGGCACCUUGGGGCUUUAGAUUGCAAGGUGGCAAGGAGCAAAAGCAGCCUUUGCAAAUCGCUAAGGUUCGCAGCAAGAGCAAAGCAUCCAAGGCUGGACUGUGCGAGGGGGAUGAGGUGGUGUCUAUCAAUGGCAAGUCCUGUGCAGACUUAACCUAUUCUGAAGUUAUCACUCUUAUGGAAAGUCUGACUGAUGCCCUCCAGCUGCUUAUCAAGAGAUCAUCCAAUGGACUACACGAAAGCUUGAGUCCAGAAACCGAAACCAGAAACCAUGAUAACAUAAAAAAUGAGGAGUAUAGGAAGAGUACCACACUGCAAAUCAGAACAGCCACGGAAAUGCCCCAGAGGGAAUUCUACAUCACAGAGAUACACAAUGAAGCUCCCCAUGGAGCAGAGGAAAGUGACUUAGACUUUUCUGGGACAAAACAAGAGGAGACAAUACAGUGCCACAAAAUUACACCUAAAGUGAUAGAAACCUCUAGAAUACUCUUGACAGAUGAGGCUGCUUUCAAAGAGAAGACAAAAGAAAGAAGGCCAGACACAGUGGUUGAGCUGCAGUUGUCCCUCUCGCAGGACAGGCACAAGGGCACCAGUGUUCCUACUGUUAAUCUCCUGGGAGCUGAAAAGUGUACCCCUUCAAAAGCUGGACCCAGUAUGCAAGAAGAUGAGACUAGCCCGACAACCACAGUCCCCCUGGGUGAAAAAGAGGCCACUGUCCAGUGGUCAAGCAAAACAUUCCAGAUUGCUAGUGGCAAAGAGGUCAAGGUGAUCCAAGGAGCAGAGGCAGGCAAUCCAUCUCUCCCCAUAGUGGAAGUGAUCCUAGAUUGCUCUGACAGGGAGAAGGAAGUGUCCAGGUCUCUAGCCGAAAAGGGGUGUGUUGAUUCUCAAGUGGAAGGAGGGCAGUCAGAAGCACCUCCUUCUGUAGUCUCCUUUGGAAUCUCAUCAGAAGGCACAGAGCAGGGAGAAGACGACCAGCACUCAGAAAGAGAUCACAGCAGACCUCACAAGCACAGGGCAAGGCACGCAAGGCUCCGGCGGAGCGAGAGUCUGUCAGAGAAGCAGGUGAAAGAAGCCAAAUCUAAAUGUAAAAGCAUUGCUCUGCUGCUGACAGCAGCUCCCAAUCCCAAUUCCAAGGGGGUGUUGAUGUUCAAGAAGCGUCGCCAAAGAGCAAGGAAAUACACUUUAGUCAGCUACGGCACCGGGGAACUAGAACGUGAAGACGACGAGGGUGAAGAAGGGGAAGGUGAAGAAGGUGACAAAGAAAACACUUUUGAGGUAACUUUAUUUGGAACAAGUGAGUCAGAAAUAGAUGAAGAUUUCUUCUCUGACAUUGACCACGAAGGCCAGAUUGUGACAUUUGAUUGGGACACUGGUCUGCUUGAGAUUGAAAAGAAACUAAAAGGUGGAGACGAGAUGCAGAUGUUGCCAGAGACCAAGGGCAAAGGGGCCCUCAUGUUUGCCAAGAGACGGCAGAGAAUGGAUGAGAUCACAGCUGAGCAAGGAAGAGGUGAAGUCACACAGAAGCAUGCAGAGGAACAAGAGAAGCCCACCCCAAAAGAGAGCUUCAGACAAGUGAGCUCCUCAUCCUAUCAGGCAAAAGAGGAAGAAACGUCAAAAAUGCAGAGCUGUGUGAGCAAAAGUUACAUAGAGGUGAGCCACAGUCAUGGCAAAAUGGUACAACAAAAUGGCAUUGGGGGAGCGUCAGAGACAAACAUCUCCUUUCAGUCUUCUGACCCCCAUAAAUCAACACCUUUAAACAGAACAGCUAAACCUUUUCCUGGUAUAUCGAAUCAAGCAGCAGCACCAUUUUCACCAACAAGAAAUGUGACUAGCCCUCUCUCAGAUUUACCACCACCACCUUUCUAUUCCUCAGUUAGCCCACCACCUCAAACUUCAUAUAGAGCAGUAUUGAGUCCAGUGGCCAGCACAGCUCAGCCAGCUCUUUGGUCACCAACAGAGCAGAUAGCAUCCAGAGAUGAAAGAAUUGCAGUGCCGGCCAAAAGAACUGGGAUACUACAAGAGGCAAAGAAAAGAAGCACUGCAAAGCCUAUGUUUACUUUCAAAGAACCUCCCAAAGUGAGUCCUAACCCUGCCCUAUUGUCCCUUGUACAGAAUACAGAAGGCAAACGAGGUACUGGAACUGGAUUUGAAUCGGGACCUGAAGAAGACUACCUUAGUUUGGGAGCAGAGGCUUGUAAUUUCAUGCAGAUCCAAGCAUCAAAACAAAAGACCCCUCCUCCUGUGGCUCCAAAGCCCUCAGUCAAGUCUCUCCUACUGCUGCCACUACCAUUUCACCAGUCUGGUCACCUCAGCUGUGGCUUCUACCAGCCUCCUGCAUUCCCAACUCCAAACUCACCCCAAGCUGCAGUUCCAUGCACCAAUCAAGUAAGACAACCUGCUCCUCAUGUCUUACCUCUAAGUACUCUUAACAUAGCUGGUCCUUUUAAAGGGCCUCCAACAACAAUAUCAAUCAAAAUUAUACACCAAAACAACACCUACCACACCAAUAGGAAUGUUGCAUUUGCUGGAGGAAUGGGGCCAGCCUUCGAGAUGCCACCAGCUUUUAGUGGAAAAGGAGCACAGUUAUUUGCCAAAAGGCAAUCUCGAAUGGAGAAGUAUGUGGUAGACUCAGAAACUGUGCAGGCACAUAUGGCACGGGCCUCAUCUCCAACCAAUCUUACAGCUUCUUGGAAGUAUUCAUCUAAUGUUCGAGCACCUCCACCCGUUGCUUACAAUCCCAUCCAGUCCCCCUCUUAUCCUCUUGCUGCUACUAAACCCCAAUCUAAAUCACCUGCAGUUACCAAAACUACCAAAAGAAAACCUAAGAAAGCUCUCAGUGCUUUGGAUGUUAUGAAGCAUCAGCCAUAUCAACUUAAUGCAUCUUUAUUUACUUUUCAACCUCCUUCUACUACUAAGGAAAGCCUAGCUACUAAGCAGUCUACAAAGUCCGACUCAGUGUCUGCCUCAAAACAUGCUCUGCCUUCAAGACCACUCAGUGCUGGUUCUUCUGCUAAUGUCCAAGCAUCUUCAGUGUACUCCGUACCAGCCUACAGUUCACAACCGUGGUUCCAGUCGAAUGCAUCCACUCCAAUAAAUGAGUCUACGAGUCUAGUGGUCACCCCUAUUUUCUAAGCAAAGAAUCAAUCACAUCCUCUUCCUUUACUGCUCCAAGGCCCAAAGUUUUCAGCAAAGAAAGUUGGAGUCACAAGCCCAGGUGUGGAAG